GGCCGUGAUGGUUAUCAGUCGGUGUUGGGAGAUCAGGUUCGGUGGCCACGGAGAUUUUUGUCACGCCCGGUCGGUACGACCCUGUUGCCCUGUCGAACGAGCAUAAAAAUCUGCCAAAAUCUUAAGCAAAGUGAGCAAAGUGUUGGUGCGAAAAACCGUGUGAACCGUGUGAACGUGCAUACAUUUAGGCGCAAUGUCUUAUUCGACCGUAGUGUUGGCGUUGGUGUGCUGUGCCGUUGGGCUGAGUGUAGCUUACCCAUACCCUUACCCACAGAAUGCGUUCAUGUACUACCGCAAUGCGUACCCCAUGAUGACUUACCCGCAGCUGCAGCAGAGCGCCAUGUACCAGCACGCCAUCUACCAGAACCAACGGCUCCGCAACUAUCAUCGCCGAUCGGCCACCAGUGGUGUGGCGGCAUUCGCCUCGGGCGACAACAUUGCCACCGGGACGCAAAUCGUUAAAGCUGACUGCCGACCCGCAGAUCCUGCCGUUGCUGCCUUCCCGUCGGUACAGUCGUUUGCCGAUGCAUAUCCGGCCGAAGCUGUGCCCGAGAACGAAAUUCCCUUCAGCGAUGAGGGCGCACUGGAUCAGGAUUCGAACGUUGGAACUGAGCUCGAUUUUCCGCUCGAGAAUGAGGAACCGCUGGAAGACAUUCCGGCCAGUGUACCGCUCGCCGUACCCACCACGGUGACGGAUAAGCGUAAGAAGAAGGUUACCGUGCAGCUCGAUUCGGCGUCCGCUGAGGAUGAUCAGGAAGACGAGGAGGUUAGCUUUGGUACGCGCCGUGGCAGUGGGAGUCGCCCGAGUGCCGGUGGAUCCGGUGGCCCGAUGUUCCCGGUAACGUUCGGAAGCACCAACGGGGGUGCGAUCGCCAUUGCCAACAGUUACAGCACGGGCAAGGGUGGAUCGGCUACCAGCCAUGCGACGGCGUACGGUAGCCCUGCGUCCGUGCCUGAGGAGCGUCGACGGGCUGUUGUUUUGCAACAGCAACGUAACAACCGUCCGGCGAAACUGCGAACGAUCAAAUAUUAAGACUAUGUAAUAUCCAAACCCUCUUCCCCUCCCCCCCUCCGGUCGAAACCAGCGGAAGUGUGUGUAUUGUGCCUGAGUGUUGGUUUAAUUUAUUCCUAGCUGUUCGCUGUUUGUCGACGUUGGAGCGAUAAAUCGAGCGCGUGCAUGUGACUGGUUCAAUAAAUUUGUGUUUUAUCUAAUGAAA